AAACCUUCUUUAAAAAUUAUGCGGAAACACAUAUGCACGCCAUAAACUGGGAUCGCCUCUGAUGGGUGACAGACUUUCCGACUUCCGUCGCCUGCUCCUGCUUUCACUCUUUUAUUGAGCGAGUCCUCAGACUUUCCGACUUCCGUCGCCUGCUCCAGCUUUCACUCUUUUACUUCGUUUUUCUCACUCUCCUACUCCCUCCCACCUAUGUACGGACAGUCCUCCGCCUCUGGAGGAGGUGGAAGCAGCAGGCGCCGGCAUAAGCCACCGCUUCCCCAAAACUCUAGUUCUAGGCCCCCUCACCAGAACCGAUCCAAGGAAAGAUCCCAAACUUGGAAAGACUCAAAAAAGCUUCUCGAGAAGGUGGGACGCGCCGUCGAGGAGGCUCGCCUCAAAAUUGUUGGGACUGGAGAGAGCGUGACGUCGUGGAAAGUUUCUCAGGAAGCGCUGUUGAUGCUCAAGAUCGACUCGUGGAGCUCUUUACGAUUUUCGAUGCAGCAGGUUCCGAAUCUUCAUAACCUUUUUGUCACGGAAGGGAAGAUAAAUGCAUUUAUCCAUUGCUUUAUUGGGGUUCGAAAAAUUACUUCAUUGUAUGAUUUGGAAGUGGCAAUCUGCGAGAACGAGGGUGUAGAGAAGUUUGAAGAGCUGGAGUUGGGCCCUUUGCUACGACACCCGCUUAUCUUGCAUUAUUUCUCAGUGAACUCUGAUGUAACAGAGGUCUUUAAAAUCACUAGUGAAGAGAUAAUUUCUUUCCUUUGGAAGUUCUCUCAUAAGAAGAAGUAUAAAGAUAUUAGUGCUGAAGGGUUUUUGGACUUCAUUGCUAAGAAGCAAUCAGUUGAGAGCAAGGAAAAGCUUGGCAUACGAAUUCAGAGCUUGAUGAUGCAUAUUUCUGCUAUUCGAAAAGCGGGGUUCUCAGAGAAUGCCACAAUAAAAAAAUCUGUGAAGGCAUUGAAAUCAGAAUCUGAUAAGAAAUGCAGGAAACAUCCUCCUUUGUCAUCACUGAAGAAGCAGCUGAAUGAACCUUCCAAUUCUACACAAAGUAUUGAAUCAUUUUUAUCAGAAAAGACGGAUUUAUGUGGAGGAGACAAAAGAUCAUUUGUUUCAUCAAGCUCAGAUGAUGAAAACAGUGAUGAUUGUACUUCUUAUGAUGAAAGGAUUGGCAAUUCUACACAAACUGUUAGAAGUUAUGACCAAAUUAUAGAUAUAGAUUUUCAUGCAGUAAAAUAUUACAAGAAGACUGAGGAGGAUAGCAAUGUGAAUGAAGCUGAUCUUGCAAUUGCGAAUAACUCUAAGAGGACACGCUUAUCAAAAAAGAACACUAACUCUAUGAGGUCGUUCAUAACAACCUGGAACGAGGCGUGUCGGGAGCAUACAGUGCCUGAGGUUUUCAAGAGGAUGCUUGAAUUUUAUGACAAAAAAGCUCCAGGAAAAAGGAAAGAGAAACGAAUAAAGAAAAUUGAAUCAAUGUUUUCAUCCUUCCCCUUUGCUGGAUUACUAAAUGUUGCAAUCUCAUCUAUCAAAUCUGGAAUGUGGGACAUCAUAUAUGAUACACACGAAGCUGCAAGUGAGACGGAAUUAACAAACAUAUUUAUCGAAAAAUCUUCUGAACAUGAGAUCACAGAUGUUGUUCCCAGUGUUAAGGAUGCACCAGUCAUUGCUGAGAAUGAAGUGGAGCUUAUACACGGUGUUUCUGUUCAAGACAUUAUCAGAAAAGUAGCAACGUAUUUUGACCUCAAUGACGUCAACAGUUAUGGUAUACCACUCCUUGAAAGAAGAAUCAUCCUCUUGAGGAAGCUUUAUAGCUGUGAGUUUUGGCUGGCAGAGCAAUUUUGCGCCAAGACGUUCAAGUCCCUUGGUUAUGGGGAUUUUUUAAUGUUCCUUGGAAAACAUGGCUCUCUGCUACCUCAUCAGAUGUACAAUUUCUUAAUAGGUGAUGUGUAUGAAAAUUCUCCUUUGGAGGUUUGCAUGCUCCAGAAUCAAUUGGUUGUUUUAGUAGCGCAAGCUUUGAAUGGCUUAUGGGGAGAUAAACAAGUUACCAAACAGAUGAUUUCUUUAUUGCUAAUGAGGCAAUUCCCAUUGAUUGGUUUCAAAAUUUCUGAAAAAGGUUCUGUUGCUGAUUUUCUAGAUAUUGUGGGGAAGCAUGAGAGCAAUGUAAUCUCAAAAGCUGUCCUAUUUUCUGUAACAUUAUUUGGAAUGAGUCAUGAUGGAGACUCGCUAGCCCAUCAUGAAAAUAAUCUAUUGGAAACCACAGAGGUGAAAAUUGACAUCAGCCAAAAUGCUGGAGCCCUUAAUUCUGUUACAGCCAAGGAUGCUAUUGAGCUUUUAUGUAGGGCACCGUUGUUGUCAGAUUUAAACUUAUGGACACAUUGGGACCUGAUAUUUGCUCCUUCGCUUGGUCCUCUUGUAACAUGGUUGUUGAAUGAAGUCAACACGCAGAAGUUAUUAUGUUUAGUGACUAAAGAAGGAAAGGUUAUCCGCUUGGAUCAUUCAGCUACUGUGGAUUCAUUCUUGGAAGCUGCACUUGAAAGAUCCCCUUUAAAAACAGCAGUGCAGCUUUUAUCUCUGUUCUCUUUAGUUGGGGGUGAAAAAUAUGUUCCCAUGUCUCUUUUAAAGUGUCAUACACGCCAUGCAUUUGAAGUUAUUAUGAAGAAUUUAUUGGAGAAUAUGGAAGUAAACGAGGCUCAGAACUCUCUGAUGCAAGGAUACACAAGACGGAGAAUGGUUGUUGAAACUGCUACUAGUAACUUGAGUAAUGAAUUACUCAUAAAUUUUGAAAAAAUGAAUAAAGCAGUGCCCGUUAUAUCCAGAUUUAUUCUUGACUGUCUUGGCUAUUUACCCCCAGAGUUUCGUGGUUUUGCUGCUGAUAUAUUACUUUCGGGAAUGCGAUCUCUUAUCAAAGAUGCUGCUUCAGCCGUUUUGUCUGAAUGCAACCAAACAGAGCAGCGUCUCAUGCUUCAUGAAGUAGGACUUUCUCUUGGUAUUGUAGAGUGGAUUGAUGAUUACCAUGCAUUUUGUUCCACUGAUGCUAGUGAUUUGUACCCACAUGAAACUUUAUGCUUGAACGUUGUUGCGCCUGAGAAAAGCCUCAGCUCAAAAACUAUGCAAGAUGUGUUGGACAAGCCUUCCACUUCUGAAGUAAAUACAAAUGUAUCUGCUGUGGCAGAUGAGCAUAAAGAACAAUGUACUGGAGUUUGUCAAUCAGUUGCUGGAUUAGAAGUUUUUGAUGGAAUUGGCCAUGGUCCCACACAACGUUUGUCUGAACUUGAUGAACAUAAGAAUGCAUCCCUGGUCAUUGAAUCUAUCAGGCAGGAUGAAUUUGGUCUGGAUCCAAGUCUUUCUAGCAUUGAAAGUAGCAUGUUGAAGAAGCAGCAUGCUCGCCUAGGGAGAGCACUUCACUGUCUUUCACAUGAGUUAUACUCUCAGGAUUCACAUUUUCUUCUUGAGCUGGUGCAAAAUGCUGAUGAUAAUAUUUAUCCAGAAGAUGUGGAACCAACUCUGACAUUCAUUCUUCAAGAGUCAGGAAUCAUUCUUCUAAAUAACGAGCGAGGCUUCUCUGCUCAAAACAUCAGAGCACUCUGUGAUGUUGGUAAUUCGACAAAGAAAGGAUCUAAUGCUGGAUAUAUAGGGCAGAAAGGCAUUGGCUUUAAAUCCGUUUUCCGGGUUACAGAUGCUCCAGAGAUUCAUUCUAAUGGAUUUCAUGUCAAGUUUGAUAUAAGUGAUGGUCAGAUUGGUUUUGUUUUGCCAACAUUAGUGCCUCUAUGUAAUAUUGACUUGUAUAGUAGGUUGGCAUCUGGUGACACCAGUGAUUUGGAUGCCAAACAGUGGAACACUUGCAUUGUACUUCCUUUCAGAACGAGAUUAUCAGAUGGAACUGUCAUGAAUAGCAUUAUGACCAUGUUUUCAGAUCUUCACCUAUCUUUGUUGCUGUUUCUUCACCGACUUAAGUGUAUUAAGUUUAGAAACUUGCUCAACAAUUCGCUCAUAGUUAUGAGAAAAGAAAUCAUGGGGGAUGGCAUCGUUAGGGUUUCACAUGGGAAAGAAAAAAUGACAUGGUUACUAGCAUCUCAGAAGUUGCGAGCAGAUGUCAUUCGUCCUGAUGUGCGUACAACGGAAAUCUCAGUAGCAUUUACAUUGCAGGAAUCAAUUGAUGGGGAUUGCAUUCCAAUUCUAGAACAGCAGCCUGUUUUUGCAUUUCUUCCUUUAAGAACUUAUGGUCUGAAAUUCAUUCUUCAAGGUGAUUUUGUCCUUCCUUCAUCUAGAGAGGAAGUGGACGGAGAUAGUUCUUGGAACCAGUGGUUGUCAUCUGAGUUUCCUGGUUUGUUUGUUGGUGCAGAGAGAUCCUUUUGUUCUCUUCUGUGUUUUAGAGAGAACCCUGGAAAAGCUGUGUCAGCAUUUAUGAGCUUUGUUCCGCUUGUUGGGGAAGUUCAUGGUUUCUUUUCUAGUCUUCCCCGGUUGAUUAUUUCUAAAUUACGGAUGUCGAACUGCUUACUUCUGGAAGGAGGCAAUGACAGAUGGGUUCCUACAUGCAAGGUUCUAAGAGGUUGGGAUGAACAGGCCCGCAUACUUCUUCCUGAUGGUUUGCUUAGUGAGAUUCUUGGCCUUGGUUUCUUGGAUAGAAAUAUAAAAAUGUCUGAUUCAUUAGCAAGGGCACUGGGUAUUCAGGAUUAUGGACCCACAAUUUUACUUCAAUUUAUAUCCUCUUUAAGUCAAGUGGAAAACGGUAUCAAAUCAAUGAGUCUGAGUUGGUUGUCUUCUUGGAUAAGUUCAUUCUAUAUAAUGUUAUUUCGUUCUGGACAAAUUCUAUUAAACUCUGAUACAGGAAUGGAUCUCAUAGAAAACCUUAAAAGGAUAAAGUUUAUUCCCCUUUCGGAUGGUACAUUCAGCUCAGUGAAUGAAGGUACAAUCUGGUUACCAUCUGACACUGGGUUUGAUGGUCAACAUCGACUUGAAGCUUUCCAAAGUUUAUUUGCUAAACUCCGGACUGUCAGUCCUGCCCUCCUUUCUGCAUCAACUUGUGAUACCUCAUUCAUGGACGUUAGUUUGGUAGACAACCUAACCAAGAUGUUUCACAGGAUUGAUGUCAAGCAGUUGUCUGCUCAUGAAAUUUUGAAGGCCCACAUCUUGCCAGCUGUAUCUAAUGACCGAAUUACAAAUAAGGACAAGCAUUUGAUGAUAGAGUAUAUUUGUUUUGCAAUGAUCCACCUACAGUCUAGCUGUCCUGAUUGUUGUGUUGAGAGGGUGAACAUAAUUUCCGAAUUACGAAAUAAAGCUUUCAUUUUAACAAAUUACGGCUUCAAACGGCCUGUUGAGGUGUCAAUUCAUUUUAGUAAGGAAUAUGGAAAUCCAGUCAAUGCAAAUAAGUUGACUAAUGUUGUAGAUAUGAAAUGGCACGAGGUUGAUGCCACCUAUCUGAGGCAUCCUGUUACUGAAUCAACCUCAUGUGGACUUAGGAAAUGGAGGGAAUUUUUCCAGGAAAUAGGUAUCUUGGAUUUUGUGAAAAUAUUUCAAGUUAAUAAGACUGUCGCCGAUAUUUCUCCUACCAUUUUUAAAAAUGUAAUGUGGGAAAGAGAUGUGGUUUCCCCAGAAUCAAUUGUCAGUGACUGGGAAUCUCACGAAUUGGUCCAUUUAAUGUCCCUGUUAUUGAAAAAUGGCACACCGCAAUGUUGUAUCUAUCUGUUGGAGGUUCUCGAUACACUGUGGGAUGGUCAUUUUAGUGAGAGUGUUACGGGUUACUGGAAUCCUAAGUCUGGUGGAGAUAGUAAACCCUUCAAGUCUUCUUUUUUGAGUAGCAUUUGUGAUGUCCAGUGGGUGGUAUCUAGCAUUGAUGAUGAGCUUCACUAUCCGAAAGAUUUGUUUUAUGAUUGUGAUACAGUACGCUCGAUUUUGGGCGCUUCUGCUCCAUAUGCUGUCCCAAAGGUGAAAUGUCAAAAGUUAGUUCGUGAUAUUGGGUUUAAGGUUAAAGUUACCAUGGAUGACAUUUUGGAAAUUCUAGAAGUAUGGAGAAGAUCUAGGACACCUUUUAAGGCCAGCAUAUCACAAAUGUCAAAAUUGUACACGUUCAUUUGGGAUGAAAUGAACACUUCAGAGAAGAAACUCAAAGUGGAGUUGACUUCAGGACCUUUUAUAUUUUUUCCGUCUGCAUCCGGCUUUAGGCUUGAGGAUGUGGUACCUGGUAAGUUUUUAUCUCUUGAAGAAGUAUGUUGGCAUGAUCCAACUGGUGCCCUGGACCAAAUGAAGGAGAUUCAUCCUUAUCACAGUUUGACAGAAGCGAAUCAUAGUCCCUUGACCUGGACACUGAGCAGUGUUUAUCCAGGCCUUCGUUACUUUUUCAUGGACGGCUGUGGACAUGAGACCCCUCCUCUCUGCAGCUAUUUACAGAUUUUGCUGCUGUUAUCUACUGUUGCUUUGCCUUCACUUGUUCCUAAUAUAGUUUUUCAAGUUUUUCUCAUGUGGAGUGAUGGACUGAAAUCUGGACUACUAACUCCAGAAGAUGUCAUUUACUUGAAACAAUGUCUUUUGAAAUCAGAGUUUAUGGUGCUUCCAACUGAACAAGAUAAGUGGGUCUCACUGCAUCCGUCCUUUGGCCCUGUGUGCUGGUGCGAUGAUAGGAAGUUUGAGAAGCAAUUCAAGCAUUUCGAUAAGAUUGAUUUUCUGUAUUUUGGCAAACUUAGUGAGGAUCAAAAAGAGAUACUUCAGACAAAAGUUUCUGUACUCAUGGAAAACUUAGGGAUUCCCGCUCUCUCUGAGGUUGUAACUCGUGAAGCUGUAUAUUAUGGUCUGGCUGACUGUAGCUUCAAAGCAUCGUUAGUGAGCUGGGCUCUUCCUUAUGCUCAGCGCUACAUCUGUAGUGUACACCCCAAUAAUUAUAUUCAACUCAAGCAGUCUGGAUUCAGUCUUCUGAAUCUUCUGCAAGUCGUUGUUGUUGACAAGCUGUACUACAGGAAUGCUAUAAAGAGAGGUGCUGGUGCAUCAAACGAACGCAUUGAAUGUAGCUGUCUUCUGCAGGACAAUAUUUUGUACACCACCGAAGAAUCUGAUUGUCAUGCCAUAUAUAUGGAGCUGUCUCGUUUAGUAUUUAAUGGAACUCCUGAUUUACACUUGGCUAAUUUCCUUCACAUGAUCACAAACAUGGCCGAAUCAGGAUCCACUGAGGAGCAGACAGAGUUUUUCAUCUUGAAUAGCCAAAAGGUGCCAAAGCUUCCUGACGAGGAAUCUGUGUGGUGCCUCUCAGCCGUGCCUUCUUUGACAAAGAAUGAUGAUUCACCCCAGACAAGUUUUAGUUCAAAAGCAACAGAUGAAAAAAGUUAUUUAAACCCCAAAAGGAAAGCAAGAAAGAACUCAAACUGGCCACCUGUGGAUUGGAAAAGUGCACCAGGUUGUAGUUAUGCUCAGGCAAGAUUUAGGACACGGGAAACAAGUGCACAGCAUGGGGGCAGCCCACAAAAGAAAGAGGAUAAUUAUGAAGGGACAGUCAUGCAAACGGAUAAUGUUUUUUCUAUCUCAACCUCCGAUGAUUGGACCAUUGAAGAUGAUUCAGCAGCGGCUGCAAUGGCUUUUGUUUUGUCAGAUAACAACAAUUUGGAAGAUCACUCUGACCAAGCUUGCAAUCAGAUUGAUUCUGGAAUGAAAGUUGAAUUUAAUCGCCUUGAUUUAGAUACUAAGCCUGAUGGCUCUGAGUUUGCUUCGUCUAAUUUUCACAAGAGAGACCAACUUAGAACUGGGACACCUGAUGCAACACAAGCUGCACGUACGGGGAGACUGGGUGAGCUUGUUGCUUUCAAAUACAUUAUUGGGAAAGCUGGUGAGACGAUUGUGAAGUGGGUUAAUGAAGAUAGUGAAACUGGUUUACCCUAUGACAUUACUGUAGGGGAGGAGAAUAGCAAAGAGUACAUUGAAGUUAAAGCGACCAAAUCUCAAACAAAGGACUGGUUCGACAUAUCAAGAAGAGAGUGGCAAUUUGCGGUGGAUAAAGGUGAAUCAUUCAGCAUUAUCCAUGUUGUUUUAUUAGGAAAUAAUGUUGCAAGGGUCUCAGUGUUCAAGAAUCCUGUAAAAUUAUGUCAGUUAGGCAAGCUGCAAUUGGUUGCUAUAAUGCCAACGCCACAUGAGGAAUUCUCCAUUGUCUCCUAAGACUGGACCCAUUUUCAUAUGUGCUUCUGGGAGAUUGACUCCAUAAAGUGUUAGCCAAAGUAUGAUUGCCUUCACAGAAAUCAUCUGAAA